CACACUUGGCUGCAAUGGCUGUCACCUCCAACAGGCCGCUUGCCAGGGACAGAGAGCUCAGGAACAGCCAAGGAGACUAGAACUGCUCAGCUGGGGACAUGGAGCCUAGGGGGCCCUGGCAGACCCCCAAGCCUCUCCUGGGUUGUCCUGGCCAAUUCACAGGGAGGCUGACCCCAGCUUCCAGGAAUAAAAGAUUCUGACCUCUCCGUGGCAAUGAGCCCCUGUCCCAGGGGUGUGCGGGAGAUCCCUGGUUAUCUUGAGGUGUCUCCAGGGUAUAUCCGCUGAAACCCCACCUCCUCUUCACUGCCCACUGAGCCUGGGACCAGCUGCUGGUCACGUGCUUGGCCCUGUAGCGUGCUCCCCAGUGUGCUUCCCGCCCCCUGCCGCGGCGCCUCCCGGCUCACCUCCCCACCCCACCUGCCAGCUGCGGCUCUCCGCGGGAGAUCUCACCGUUCUGGAGACGGGGCUCGCUCGCUCUCAUUGUAGACUGGAAGAACGGGCUGUCUGGGCCUUAGGAAAGGCCCACGCUGUAUAAGGCAUGGGGAAAGGAAAGGAAGAAAGGCAAGGAACAAGAAGGAGGGCUUCCAACUGCCGCUUCCUGCCGGCUGCAGGCCUCCCUUCCUAAGCUGAGCUGAGGCUUCCUCUCCACGGGCUGGGGAGGAGGCGCCAGGAGGCCUCGGCGGGUCCGCAAUUGGCCUGGACGGCAGUUCUCACGAAAGGUCCUGGGCCGGCAUCAUCAGCCUCACCUGGGAACUGGUUAGAACUACAAAUUCCCUCGGCCCCACCCAGACCCACGUCAAGGGCAGCUGUGGAGUGGGGCGCGGCGAUGCGCGCGUUAACAGCCCUCCAGGCUUCUUAGCCCGGGCUUGGACAGCCGCCCUCCGGCCAGCGGGGAUGAGGCUGCGCUGCGCUCCGGGAGCGCCAAUGGCGUGACUGGCCCCGCGCGGAGCAGCGACAGUGCCCGGCCACCCCGCGUCUCCGCCGGGAGCCAUGAAUCUCAGUAGCGCCAGUAGCACGGAGGAAAAGGCAGUGACGACCGUGCUCUGGGGCUGCGAGCUCAGUCAAGAGAGGCGGACUUGGACCUUCAGACCCCAGCGGGAGGGGAAGCAGAGCUGCAGGCUGUUGCUUCAUACGAUUUGCUUGGGGGAGAAAGCCAAAGAGGAGAUGCAUCGCGUGGAGAUCCUGCCCCCAGCAAACCAGGAGGACAAGAAGACGCAGCCGGUCACCAUUGCCUCGCUCCAGGCCUCAGUCCUCCCCAUGGUCACCAUGGUAGGGGUGCAGCUUUCUCCCCCAGUUACUUUCCAGCUCCGGGCUGGCUCAGGACCCGUGUUCCUCAGUGGCCAGGAACGUUAUGAAGCAUCAGACCUAACCUGGGAGGAGGAGGAGGAGGAGGAAGAAGAAGGGGAGGAAGAGGAAGAGGAGGAGGAAGACGAUGAGGAUGAGGAUGCAGAUGUAUCUCUGGAGGAGGAAAGCCCCGUCAAACAAGUCAAAAGGCUGGUGCCCCAGAAGCAGACGAGCGUGGCUAAGAAAAAAAAGCUGGAAAAAGAACAAGAGGAAAUAAGGCACACGGGUAUGGAAGUGCUGGAGGGUGGCAUCACCUUUCUGGAAGAGCAUUACAACGUUCUUAUCUUGGGACCUAAUUCCACUGAAGGCAAUUCCUUCCACAGAAUUCCAUCCAAAAUUCAGGGGAAAUUAUCUGCACUAAGAUGCUUCUCAUGGCCAGGUGCGGUGGCUCAUGCCUGUAAUCCCAGCACUUUGGGAGGCCAAGGCAGGCGGAUCACUUGAAAUCAGGAGCUCGAGACUAGCCUGGUCAACAUGAUGAAACCCUGUCUCUACUAAAAAUAAAAAAUUAACCAGGCCUGGUGGCAUGCCUGUAAUCCCAGCUACACAGGAGGCUGAGGCAUGAGAAUUGCUUGAGCCCGGGGAGAAGUUGCAGUGAGCCAAGAUGAUGCCACUGCGCUCCAGCCUGGAUGACAGAGCGAGACUUGGUCUCAAAAAACAAAAUUAAAAAAAGACACUUAUCACGGCAUUAUUCGAAUAGUGAAAAAAUGGAAGCAUUCUAAAUGUCUACCAAUAUAAAAAUCAACUAAGCUACAUCUCUCUUCUCAAUGGAAUAUUACAUAAUGCUUAUGAAGAAUAUAGCGACCCGGAACGUAUGUGUAUAGUUUUGGUUUGUUUGUUUAAUGAAACAGGGUUUUGCUCUGCCAUCCAGGCUGGAGUGUGAUGGCACAAUCAUGGCUCACUGCAGCCUUAACUUCCUGGGCUCAAGCGAUCCUCCCACCUCAGCUUUCCAAGUAGCUAGGACUAUAGGCAUGUGCCACUGUGCAUGGCUAACUUUUAAGUUUUGUGUAGAGACAGGGUCUUUCUAUGUUGCCCAGGCUGAUCUCAAACUCCUGGCCUCAAGCAAUCCUCCUGCCUCAGCCUCCCAAAGCACUGGAAUUACAAGUGUGAGCCUCUGCACCUGACAAGAAUAUUGAUAGUUCAUAUAGCAGGAUAUAAAGUCAUUUUUAUUUUAUUUCACAUAUUUUUUAAAAGAGUUUGACCAGGCCGGGUGCGGUGGUUCACGCCUGUAAUCCCAGCACUUUGGGAAGCCAAGGUGGAAGGAUCACUUGAGGUCAGGAGUUCAAGACCAGCCUGGCCAACAUAGCAAAACCCUGUCUCUACUAAAAAUACAAAAUUCAGCUGGGCGUGGUGCCAUGUGCCUGUAAUCCCAGCUACUCGGGAGGCUGAGGCAGGAGAAUCACUUAGACCCGGAAUGCAAAGGAUGCAGUGAGCCAAGAUCACACCACUGCACUCCAGCCUGGGCAACAGAGCAAGACUCCAUCUCAGAAAAAAAAAAAAGUUUGACCAAAAAAAAAAUAAUAACCCCGAAAGAAAAUACACCAAAAUGUUUAGUGUGGGCAGUAAACUAUAAGUAAUGUA